GCAACAACUAUCAAAGAAGCUCUAGCCAAAUGGGAAGAAAAAAAUGGCCAGAAGGCUUCGGAGGCAAAGGAGGUGAAACUCUACGGUCAGAUUCCUCCUGUAGAGAGGAUGGAUGAAUCUCUCUCCACGCUUGUUAACUGCGAGAAACUAUCGCUGUCUACAAACUGUAUUGAAAGAAUCGCCAACUUGAACAGCCUAAAAAAUUUGAGGAUUCUGUCUUUGGGAAGAAAUAACAUAAAGAACUUGAAUGGAUUGGAUGCAGUUGCAGAUACUUUAGAGGAGCUGUGGAUCUCUUACAACUUCAUUGAGAAACUGAAGGGUAUCCGUGUAAUGCAGAAGCUGAAGGUUCUUUAUAUGUCAAAUAAUUUGGUGAAAGACUGGGCAGAGUUUGUGAGACUGGCAGACCUGCCAUUACUAGAGGAUCUGGUGUUUGUAGGCAAUCCACUACAAGAGAAAUACGCCUCUGAUCAGAAGAACAAUUGGAUUGAAGAAGCAACCAAACGGGUACCCAAGCUGAAAAAGCUGGAUGGUAUCCUAGUUAUUAAACAAGAAGAAGAUGAAGAAGGAGCAAACUGAUGACACUUACUUGUUGGGUAUUUAAUUAUUUAAGUAACUCCAGAUAGCUUGGCACAUAGAACUUUUAUAUAAAAGUGUUUGUUUUGAAGAAAAUCUUUGGGCAAUUUUUAGAAGACCAGCUUACCUCCACAGUCUCUCAGCCAAAGAGUUAGUUACCAAAAUUUGGGCACACCAGUUUUGUCAAGCUUGUAACAACUUCUGUAGAGACCAGUGGAGCUGAGUUUACCUGCUGUUUGGCUAGCAAGAGACUUUUACCUAAACCAAUACAGAGCUAUUUUUAAUCCCUGAUUAGUGGUGCUUGUU